UUUCCCAUUCUCUCCUAUACGCAAACGAAACCUAGCAGUUAGCACUACCAGCCGCAAACCAAUCCUCUCUCUUUUUCUCUGCCGUAACUCGCCACCGUCUCUCUCUCCCUCUCCGGCACCGUUGAUAAUCUCCGUUACAUUCCUCCUCAAACAACCAUGAGGAAGAAUCAAAAAGGGUUUAGAAGACCUGUUAUCAUCAAGAAGAAUAACAAGCAACCAGAGGCUCAACCUAGUAUUGAUCCCAUUACUGGAAAGAAGAUACCGAAAAGUUUUGUUUUUUCAAGAGGGAAAUUGCCUGUUCCUCUUAAACAGCUUCAGAUGGAUCUUAGGAAGUUGAUGCUUCCUUAUACUGCUCUCAGUCUCAAGGAAAAGAAACGGAAUAAUCUGAGAGACUUUCUGAAUGUUGCUGGACCCAUGGGUGUCACACAUUUCCUUAUAUUGUCAAAAACUAAAACUUCUCCUUACUUGAGGGUUGCAACUACCCCACAAGGACCUACUCUUACAUUUAAGAUACAAGAAUACGCACUGGCUGCUGAUAUUGCUCAAUCUCAAUUGCAUCCUCGAUGCCCUAAAGAUCUUUUUAAAAAUUCUGCAUUGAUUGUGCUUUCUGGAUUUGUCAGUGGUGAUUUACCUCUACGGCUUACAACGAACAUGUUCCAGAACAUUUUUCCAACAAUUGACGUUAAAACUGUUAAACUCUCGUCUUGCCAAAGGAUUGUGUUGCUUAAUUACAACAAAGAGACUAAGCUCAUUGAUUUUCGGCAUUAUUCAAUUAGAUUACAACCUAUAGGUGUUUCAAAGCGAAUUAGAAAACUUGUUCAAAGCCAUCAGGUUCCUGAUCUAAGGAAUCUUCAAGACGUGAGUGAUUUUGUCACCAAAGCUGGUUAUGGAUCAGAAAGUGAAGCAGAUGAUGAGGCAGCAACAGUGACUUUGUCUAGUAAUCUUGGUAGAGUUAACCGUGCUUCUACAAAAAGUGCUGUCAGACUUCAAGAGAUUGGUCCAAGGAUGACUCUUCAACUAGUUAGGAUUGAGAAGGGACUGUGUUCUGGUGAAGUCCUCUUCGACGAAUUUGCAACAGGAAAACCUGGUGACAAAGGAAAAACUGAUGAUAAGAUCGACAAUGAUGACGAAGAUUUAGAAGGUAGUGAAGAUGAUGAUGAUCAAGAUGGAGAAGAAGAUCCCAAUGAUGAUGAAGAUGGUGAAGAGCUUGAUUAGGAACAUAGUGGCAAUCCUCAACAC